CGUCUGCAGGUGUCGGUCUCUCUGGGCGAUUUUCACGCUGGUAAAUCUCGCCGUAUUGUUUUUACUCGGAUUUCCGCGGGAGAAUGCCGGUGAGUGGUGGUGUGAGAGUGAAGUGACCGGUAGCCAUGGGAGUGCAGCGACCGGGGGCCUGAAGAGGCGCCUGGAGGGUCGCCCGAAGGGCUGGGCCGACCCGGCCCAUCUCUGCCCUACCGUUCAAAACAUCGCCGAGGAUACGUCGGAAGUGAGAAUAGAAUAAACAUCUUGACCCCUAAUCGAGUCCCUGAUGUCGCUUAUAAGGAUUUCUCUACUAAGUUGUAACACACAAUCGAUCUAGGCCUUCCACGAGUGUACCUUCAAUGCAUUGUCUAUCUGUACACCUGUUCGGCCUAUAUGACGAGAGUGUAGCCUCGUCCAGCUCAGCUAGUUUAGCGAGUGCAGUGAUGUAGACGCUCUGUGUACGGUGUAUGGUAGACUACAGAACAUGGAGGGCCCGAGGGCCGAGGGAAGGGGAGUGUGAUGACGCCAUGGUAUAGACAUGUCAUCGUCCACCCGUCACCCGCCGACCAACACUCUUGACUGUCUAGAAGAACCGUCCAACGUCUCUGCUAAUCAGACUCGAGGAAAAGGAACGAAACACAAGAAACGGUCCGGGGGCAGUCUGUCCGACAGUUCGGGAAGUGUCAUUCGACAGGAGUCAUCACCGACUUUGACGCUUAUAUCGUCAAAGGGCUCAGCAGAUUCUAACUACUCGCAGCCGUCAUCUGACUUGUCACUGGACGAGGAGAAGGAGACCCUGCGGCGGGAGAAGGAGCGGCAAGCACUCAGUCAGCUGGAGAAAGCAAGGUCAAAACCUGUGGCGUUCGCGGUGCGGACCAACGUGUGCUAUGACGGAUCACUGGAUGAUGAUUCUCCUGUCCACGGAAGUGCCGUCUCCUUCGACAUUCGCGACUUUCUACACAUUAAGGAAAAAUAUGAUAACAAUUGGUGGAUCGGGCGGCUGGUGAAAGAGGGGUGCGACGUCGGCUUCAUCCCGUCACCAGUGAAAUUGGAAAACCUUAGACUCCAGCAGACGCAAGCAAGGAACUCCAAACUAUACUCUUCCAAGACUUCCUCAUCCAGCAACCUAGGUGCGCUAGCCAACGAUGUGCUGUCCACGUCUAAAAGCGCCAACUCGCGAGGUUCCACCCCCCCCACACCUGGUGAGGAUUCCGACUCUCUUGGUAACGCAAGACUUGCCGGGAAAACAACACUCACCACUCCACCCGCCAAGGAGAAGCGGAAACCGUUCUUCAAGAAACAGGAGACGACGACUCCAUACGACGUUGUGCCGUCCAUGCGCCCCGUCGUGCUCGUGGGGCCGUCACUCAAGGGCUACGAGGUCACGGACAUGAUGCAGAAGGCACUGUUUGACUUUCUUAAGCACAGGUUCGAGGGAAGGAUCAUCAUAACCCGGGUGAUGGCGGACAUCUCGCUAGCCAAGCGUUCGCUACUCAACAACCCCUCCAAGCGAGCAAUUAUGGAGCGAAGCAAUUCCCGGUCUACAUGUCUCGCCGAAGUUCAGGCUGAAAUUGAGAGGAUAUUUGAGCUGGCUCGUACAUUGCAGUUGGUAGUACUGGACUGUGACACUAUAAACCACCCCUCUCAGCUGGCCAAGACUUCUCUUGCCCCCACUGUUGUUUACCUCAAGAUUUCCUCCCCCAAAGUGCUUCAAAGGCUGAUAAAGUCUAGAGGCAAGAAUCAAGCGAGGCACCUCAACGUACAGAUGGUGGCUGCGGAGAAGUUGGCACAGUGUCCUACUGAGAUGUUCGACGUGGUACUUGAUGAGAACCAGCUGGAGGACGCCUGUGAGCAUAUCGCCGAGUACCUGGAAGCCUACUGGCGGGCCACCCACCCUCCUACUCACGCCCCCGCCGCUCCCGUUCCCCGCCCUAUGCACCAGCCCUCCCCACCUGGGGCAGAUCACGCUGGCAACAUCGUCCGUGUCAACUCCACACCUCCAGGGGUUCAUCCUCACGAUGAGUAUGGUUACUCACACGACCCAAGAGGGGACAUAGGAAUGUACCACCCGCCGCAUCGAGGGCGCUCGAGAAUCGACAGGGAUAGAGAGUACGAAGAGUACAGUGCGCGAGACAGAGAUAUGUACCAUCAGCCGCCACCGCAUCACUACUCUCCGCGCGACAUGUACCGUGCGGGCCCAGCCGAUCACACGCGGCGUGACCCUGACCACGACUACCACUCACCUCACAGAGCUUCCUCCCGAAGAACCCUAAAUGCCAUUUAAUACCGACACGAUGCGACGAUUUAGGUACAAACACAAUUACACUACAGUUUCUGUAAAUAUUCGCUUGUAAAGUGAGUGGCGUUGACAGAUGACUGGUUGUAUAUGAUUUUGUUGUCUUUUACUAUGUUAUUGGCCACAGUUUACUACAGUUUUCAUUCGGUGAUGUAAGGAAAUGAAAAGGAUUAUGGUGUGAUGAAAAUUUGUCCUUGUCGUAUGUUUAUUACAUGAGAAAAAUAUUUCUAGAGUUAUUUUAUGAUAAACAUUUAUAUUCUUUUUAUGCAAUUUUAUUUAUUUACUAUUUAAUAACUCCCAAAGUAAUCUAAAGGACUUUUAAUACGUUCAGAUAAUUAUAUAGUAUUCACAAAAUUCAAUUCAGAAUGUUUUGGGGAAAGUUUUAUAGGUAGUAAAAAUACUUCAUUGAUUUGUUUCUAUUUUUGAUUCUUUUGCUUAUACUGAAUAACUGAAGAUUUCCUUUAAGGAUUAUUCUUUUUAGGUAUUUCACAUUUAUUGUAUAAAGAAUGUGCCAUUGUUGUUUUAAAGAUUUUCUGAGUUAUGAAUAAAGUCCGUGGUAUUACGCAUUGUAACAGGGGCCAUUGAAUAGUAUUAAAUUUGAUAUUGCAAAUCUGCAUGAAAUUUUAAGUGAAACAGUGUACAAAAUAAGCUAUUAACUUUCUAAGAAGAACACAAUUAACUUUAUUUGACUUAUUUUAAAGAGUUAUUGAAACCAUUUCCUGAUCUUAAAAUAAAUUUAAUUUUAACCCUUAAUAUAAUAAAGUAAAUAAAGAUGUCUUAUUUUACCAGGCAAAGUUUGGGUUAAAGUCUGUGUGUAAUACAUAUAACUAUGAGUAAUCUGACACACUUCACCAUGUUAAAACAGUUGUUAUAUAUGUACUUUUGAAAAGUCCUUUUCAUUUCCUUACAAUUUUAUCAAUAAAAAUAAUUUUCUAGUGAAGAAGUGUAUUGGAGGUUUCAGGAGCUUAAAAGUACAAUGAAGGGUCAACUUUUAGCUUUAGCCUCAGACAUGUACAAGUACAAUAUUAGCAAAUUAAUCAUAUUUUAGUUAAAUGCAACAAAAGAUCUUAUAAAUGUUACAAUGCACUGGCCUGUGUUCCCGACCCAAAUAAAAGCUGCUGUAACAGGUACAACUGAUACAAUUUUUCACUAGACGGAGGAGUGGUGAGAACUUGCGUUGCUGCAUGUUUUAUUGUACAAACCGGACUAAGUCCUUCCACCAAUAGAAUGUGCUCCGCUCCGGUUCAGUCACGUGUACGCUUAGGUUAGGUUAGGUUACGUUCUACAGUUAGUGUUGCGUGUGGUUUAUUAAGCAGCUGUUUACCUGAAUAAUAAUUGUGCCUCUAUGAUUAUAAAUGGCCAUUCACUGGCUGCAUUUUCAUGUUGUCAUUCUAUUUGUGGUUUUUUGUAGACAGCCCUCAUCUCUGUUGACCAUUCAUCAUUUCACAGAUUUUUCUGUUGUCCUAUUCAGUUUCAAAUUGUGUAACUGGUGUUUUCGAAAGUCAGUUUACUAUUCAUAGAGUUUAAUUUCAACUGGUGGAAGGUUGUCUUCACACUACCAAACUAAUUAAAAUUUCUGAAUGGAAACGCACACAAAAAAGUUUACUAAUUAAAGCAGUUAGAAUCGUGAUUCACUGCAAAAUGUCAAAUAUUAUUGAAUUAUAAUCAAUCGGUAGUGUUGAGUUUCCAAGUUAAAUGAUUUAAGUAGUAUUUUUAUAAACUAAUAGUCAUUUUCAAAGUCAUCUUCAUAAAUAAAUAAGUUCAUGCCUUUUAAGGCAAUUUUUGCUAUUGCUUAUUUCAAGUACAAAAAUUAGUCUGCAAGAUCAAUUUUUACACAUCUACCGUACAACUAUGUAUGUAUAUAGUAACGUAAUGUAGUGAUAGCAAAGUGAUCUGUGAUUGUUAAUUGGACUGGACUAAUGUGGUUUUGAGAAAGGUUACUACUAAAAAUGGGAUAUUGAAGUUUCGGGUAUGAUCUCACUUCAUUAUCAAUCACGUUGUACUGUAAUUAUGAACACAUCAAUUUAAUUCUCAUCUUUUAAAAUUUGUAUUGAAUUUCUCCUGGAAACCACUGAGUUUUGUUGGUCAAGGAAACUUACGGAAAUUACGUACCCCCUCCUUGAUGUCAAGUUCAACCUUUAUUAAUGCCACAAUUUCCUGUGCUGUAACAAAAAACUGGAAAUAGAGGUUUAUGAAAAUUCAACAAGAAAUUAAUCUGAUGUGAUGAAUGUUGUAAUACUGAGCGAGUGAGAAGACGAGCUGGUCUGGACGCGCUAGCUUUAAGACUGUCAUUCAUUGUAGCCUCUCUACCUUAUUUGUAUCGUUUUAUUGUCUCCAUUAAAUGAGUGAAUCAUUUUAUAUUGCCAAAGGAAUUACAUUAACAUAAGUAUAUAACACAUCCAUCACUCAUUAUAAAUAAACUCAUCAUCAUGAAAAGACAUUUUUUUAAACUUAUAGUUAUUGUACAUGCAAAAUAAAUAUAGUAUUUCAAAGUUUGUUUUCUUGUUUUACUCCAUUUACAACAGAAUUUUCGCUUUAAAGUGGUUGCUCCGACUGGGUGCCACGUUUACAUAAUCCAGUUUACCCUAUUAGCCAUGUUCCCUCAUAGUAAUAAUAUUUCAAACGAUUUAAGAGUAUUUUUUAUUUCGCGAUAAAGCCUGAAUUUGGACAUGACCUAAUAGAUUAUGUAACGUGCAACAAAUGCUGUCAUAUGCUUUCUCUUAUUAUUAUAGAAUUAGCUUUGCAAAAAUGGAUACUUUAAUUUAAGCUAAUAUUACACAAUCUUCCACAUAGUUCUGUAAUGCAUAUUAUAUCGUAUUGCCGCUUACUAUGGGUCUGUCAUUGCGGAUUGAAGUUUUUAGUCAUUGGUAACCGCAUUUCAGAAAACCUAUCGCGCGUUAUCUCAGAUGUGGUGUAAGUACUUGAUUAUUGUUCAGUGUUAAUAACCAAUUAAUGUAAACCAAUUUUAAUUAACUGUACAAAAUAUAAAUGCUUAUAAUAUUAUUAUAUAUUGUUUGAUUUAUCAGUACUUUAAAUAAUACUUGGCUUAAGCACAAUAAUUUGGAUAAGGAGAGUGCCUGUGUAAGUUUUAUCCUAAAGUUUGCUAUAAUAUUAAAAAUAGAAUGUAUAAGAAAAUUUGAAACCCAUUUUAUGUUCUCGAUAUUUUUUCCUGAAAUGAAUCGGUAUUUUCAUUGUUGUAUCAUAUUAACUAAACAGAUAUAUAUCCAGUUGACCACGAGAUGGACAUUCGUCAUGACUCACCCAUAGAUAUUUUAUAUGUCGAAUAUAGUCACCUCAAUUGAUUUAUUAAAAUAACAUAUCUUAUAAUACACUGUUCUACAUAUUGUAUUUAGUAGUAACAAAAUUUAAUUUAAGUUUAGAUCAUUUGUAAAAAAACUGUGCAGUAUACUGUAUAUAAUGUAAUAAGGGUCGCGCCUUAGUAUAGGAGGCUUGUUGCUAAGGCCAAAUAGUUUUUGUACUUUCAAAAUGAUGCUUUAAGAGUGAAAUCUAAUUUGUUCAAAGUUUCCUCAAAUUAUCGAAUCAACUUCCUUCAAGAAUUGGCCCCUGCUGGUUUUUUAUUGAUAGAAUUAGGUAAUACAAAGACAAACCUCCAUAGAUAUAACAUCUCACAUUGUUUUAGGGUUUAGAUGCUAGUGCACAAUAAAACUUCAGAGGCUUCCCUUACCAUCCUCUCCUGGUUGUUCAUAUUUUAUUUAUAUAGUUACACUAUUAGAAUACAAUUCACUCAAGAGCUCUGUCUUUCAAAUAGUAGAAUAAACUAAUGAAAUUUCCAAUUUUAUUAGUUUAAUUGUUUGAAUUUUAAUUGAGUUUGGAAUGUUCCGUAGAGUUGUAUAAGUUUAUAUGGGUUAUUAUUAAAUAUUAUACUGUGUAAACUGUUACAGGGUUUUGUGUCAUGAUUUGAUAGCACUCAGUCCCUUGUGACUUAAGUUUUUUUUUACCUAUUCCAUCAGUAAUGUUCUCGUAUUUUACGUUGUUUAUAUUGUUUAGGUUUCUCUUAAAAAAUGAAGUUGUUAAAGAUAUCUCAGUGUGUAAUUUUUAUAAACCGUACCGUCUUUAAAACCAUAUCCUAUUGAUACAUUUCCAACCAUCCUGAUGAGUUGAUUUGUUCCUUAGACAUUCAAUAAAGUGAAAUGCUGUGAAGUUAAAAUUAAAUCUGAAAAUUGUUUAUUAAUACUUGGCAUUGAUAGGUAUCCUAUAAGUUAAGCAUGGUAAGGAACUAUCUUUAUUAUUUUUAAACAAUGUGAUGAUUAAAUAAUAUAAACAAUUGUAAUUAUAUAUAUUUAUGAUUUACACAAGAUUCAUUGCUGCUUUCUCUGAUUUAUAUUGGAUUAAUGUUUCAUUGUUAUUAAGAUGAAUUUAAUCUACUCACUGUAAAGGGGAUUCAGAUUUAAACAUUUCUUCAACAUUCUCCUCUCUAAACUUUACACCAACAGAUGUUUGAAGAAUUGUUUUGAAAUGCAUCUUAAGGCUGUUGCAGAUUUGUAAAAAUCAAGUAAGCAUGGAAGCAUAUUGUAUUACUGCAAUUCAUAAAAUAUACUAAAACUUAUGUUUAUGAUUUAUUUUCAGUAAUUAAUUAUUAUUGAGAAUGGGUAUAUCUAUUCUGAAAACUUCCAAGGCCUAGAGGAUCCUUUAAUGACCAGAUGUAUCCGUUACUCUUUAUUUCAGGGUUUAGUAUAUAACAUAUUUCCGUAUUUCAUCAGUUUAUACAUAGCUGAAAUCAAAGUGUAAUUAUAAUACAUAUUUUACUGUUGGUUAUAUCAAUUAAAACAAUUAUAACUCCAAGUUUAAAAUUAAGUGUUUGGUCAAUUGGAAUAAUUUGGAGUCAGUGGUUUUGAUCAAUUGGAAUAAUUUGGAGUCAGGGAUUUCUCCAGUAUGAGAAGUAGAAUAAUAAUGAAGAACUUUUUGUAAAUGCCUUGAUUUAAAUGGUUUAUUAUUAUUUGUAAAUUGCUAAACAAGGGCUUGUGAACCCGGAGGUUCUACCAUUUUAGCUUUACUAAAGCAAAGAUUUUCCUCAUUGUAAAUGAUUUCAUCCAAUGUAUUAUCUACCAUUAUGAUUUGUAAACAAAACCAAGUUUUAAAAGCACAUUAUCAGAAUUAAAAGUGUAAAGAGAUUUUAAAAGCAGGUGAUAAUAUCGAUAUUGUGUGGAUCGCUUAACGUUACAAAAGUUUACGUUUGGUUUAGUCAUUUCCACUUCCAUCCAAGCACGCCCCUCUCAGUUGAAAUACCAUGUUUGUAAAUAAUAAAGACAAUUUUUAUCAACCAAAA